AUGUCUGCUGUCUUCUUGACGCUUGGUUUGGUUGACGGGUUGAAAAUCCGCUAUGGAUCUGUAAGCCUAUUGUACAAGCCGUGUUGGCUUGCAGUCCUGGUAGGUGGUUAAAGAACGUGAAUACGAUCUACGUCACCUUUUAAAAGUAUAAAGUCCUCGCCCUAAGUCCCCUGUUUUUCACUUUUAUGUGCCUAAAAUUUGUUACAGUUUACCUAGUAAUCAUUCAAAUACGUUUAAUCUGUUUCCGCACUUUAAGCAACGGUUUGAACGUCUAUUUGUUGCACAGUUAUGGCGGAUUAUUUAGGAAAGGGUAUAAAAUAUAACUUUGAGUUUAGGAAAGUCUUAGUCUAUAUAAAAUUAGUCGGAAAAACAAUUUGAGCUAAAAGAUUCUAGUUAUUUCGGCCAGUCAUUAUAUUUCCGCAUAACAACAAUUGCAGCGUAAGUACGAGGCCACCACGUAGCACAAUCAUCAGUUGAUAUUGCCUCUGUUGGCUCCUGUGGUCGGGCGCCUGGUAUUUUAUGGUCAAGUUGUAAACCAUGAAUAAGAUUCUUUGUUUAUUUUACAAGAACUGAGACUCAAAAAGUAACUUAUUUCUGGUCUCAAAAAUUAAUAGACAGCCCUAAACAUGUUCCUUCUUAAGUCUUCGGUCACUUUGGUAUCUCUUGCUGCUUGACCAAUUGCUAAUUUGAAGCGCGCUUUAGUUUAAAUAAUUAAACAUUUUUUGACUGAUAUUUUCUUUUCGGCUGAGUGAAGCAGCAAUCCAAAGAAUUCUCUCUUGUCUUUAUUUCUAACAGCAUACUUAAAUGAUAGCUAAAAAAGAUAUUUUUUGAGGAUGUAAAUGCUUCCUAGUUAAGUGUGUUAACUGUCGCGGAUGCAAAUUUUACUUCUCUGACGUCACAAGCCUUUUUUGCUUUCAGGAAGCAGAUCUUGCUCUACGGUUUUGAAUUUUAGAGAGAAUCCAACUUUGGAUUCUGGCGCAAAGAUUAUUUGAAUCGGGUCACAAUGAAAGACAAAAGCCUCGUAAAAUGGAUUCUCUGAGAGUAAGCCAGCGAUGCUGGCGACCAGCGAGAACGUGACGGAUCUCAUGUUCUCACAUGAAAGCCGGCUUGCCAGGUGUACCGCUUUUACCUGCUUUGACCUGUUUUACCAGUUUUUUAUCUUUUCCCUGACAGUCUCUUCCAGUUGGUAUCAUGGGACUGGCCUUAGCCUGCUCUCGCAGACCUUCUCCGAUGCUGGUAGGGAAAGCUGUAUUAUAAUUAUAAUCACCUAACUAGCCAUCUAACAGGCUAAUUAUAACAGUUUAAAGGUUCUUGAUCAAAAACAAGAUGAUACCAAGAGUGUUCCUCGUCUCUUUGUAUCAAAGAAAAAAAAUAUAACAUUACAGAGUACACAGACCCUCGGACGUACGAGCAAUUCCAUACCCCCUCUGGAGGAAAAGGGAGGGGCGAAACCUUUCUUGGGGUUCCUGCUAUGUUAUCCAUAUCUAUGUUAUAGUUAACAAUUAUUGAAUGAGGCUGAACCUGAUAUUGAAAAUUAUGUAGAACGAGGUGGAUAACAGCCUACGAGAUCUGCGUAAUACUUCAUAUAUAUCAUUCGGCGAAAGCCGAAUUCAAUAAUUGUUUUAUUAUUCAUUCAAAAUAUUUCCAAGCUCUUAACAAACCAUCCGUCCUCGUAGACUUCUUUAAAAACAUUUACCUGAUUUUCCGCACCGUUGGAGAAUAUGAAUAGUUAUUACUUCUCAAAAUGUAGGUGACAUUCAUUAAGCAAUAGUUUUUACGUAUCUUGCCUUUUGAUUUUUUCCUGUUCAGUUUUAGUCAUUUAUUCCUCUAUUUCGUCUUUUGAUAGCUGUCGCCCGGCAGCCCAGCUGUUUCGACACAUGCUAAAAAAAGCUACAGUGACGCACCGCUGCCAUGGAACGAGGUUGCGAUAUACUAUCGUAUCGAUAGGAGCCAACCAGAAACGAAAUCUUUAAAUUAGUUACAUUAAACUCAAUAUAGGCGCUCUUCUGAAACGAGAUAAAUCUAAGUUUAUAAGACUCAAGGUGUCAGGGGGGUUUUCGAAUUAAAUUGUGUAAUUUUGGCUCCUUUGAGCAUUUUCUUCCUGUAUUUAGUUUCUUCGCGGCAGAAGUGAAAUCUUAAAAAUGGCUGGGCAGCUUAUUAGGGGACAUUCUAUUAUGCCUAUCUAAAUGCAUUAUUGUUUUUAUUGAUUUUUUUGUUCACUUUUCGUUAUCUUAGAUCAAAGCCAUUUGGUCAGUAAGCGUCCCUUGUAUUGUCUUCUCUGCACUGGUAGUUUUCACAUAUUAUCACUUUGGAUUAGCAACGUUAGUGCGAAGUAGGUCAUUCCCCUCGCAGACUGAUGCCGGCUUUUUGGACGAAGACACCUCGUUGACUAAGUACACUGAAAAGGAAGAAGAAGCUUUGGCUGUAUUCGGCAUUAUUGUAAUAUUGUCCAUCUUAGAAAUGAUUGUCGCCGCUGCCAUAGCAAAAAUCAGCGACACAAGUUACCAAAGCCCACAAUCCUUUCCGAUGUAUUACAUGUAUUCCCAGGUUAGUAUACGGCGUAACUACAGCGCUAACCCUAUAACAUGUUCAUGUGCUUAAGGGGGCAUUACGGGCGUUUGUUUGGGGGAAUGAUGUUGAUUUGGAAAGGAAGUAAGUUAAGGUAGAAAAGGUAUACACAUAAACCAGUUAGUCCGCUAAUGGAAUCAGAGGCACCCGGCUGAGGUGGUGGACUAUCUUGCCGUAUUUGUUUACUAAUUAUUCACUUCAUAUUUUAAAUUCUAACAACCCUCAAAUCCAAUAUUUUCCAAUUUUUCCAACAUUUUGAACAUCUCCCUAAUUUUCAUACAUUAAAAACAUUCGAAAAAUCAUCCAGAAAAUCUCAAAAAACUAUUGAAUUAAGGACUGCAACUAAAUGGAGCCAUUUUUUGAUUAAAUGAAAUCGUGGCUAGAUAUUCAAGAUCUAGGGUGGACAUCAACGAAAAAAAAAAAUGCUUUUAACAAAACUGCCCCCUUAAAUAUCUGAAUGCAGUGUUAGGACACUAAGGUCAUACAAUUCUUCCGACAAAUACAGCAGGAAACUAGUCAACCUGUUUAUCAUUUCAGUGUAUGGUGUUUAGUUAAUUUAUUUUAUCUAUUUAUUUUACUCAAAACCUACUUAAAAACGUCCUCAGAAUUAAUGUCAGAUGUGGGUCAAAUUCUUGUUUGGAAAGAGCGACCAAGUUAAGAAAGCAAGGAAAAUCCUAGGGUGUCAUCGUGUGUUUACGUCCCCCAUUAAGCCAUAAUAGGAAAUCUAUAACUUGAACGUAUUAGUUUUGCAGUGAAGUUACAAAAGAACUGCAAUUUGUACAAUUGCAAUAUCGGCACGUAUAAACUUCUUGCUUGGCUUAAUAAACCCAUUACUCUCUCAGAAGUUCUCUGCCACCUCCAUCGUCAAUGCUAGAAAUUGGCCUAUUUUGCUAAAACGAGGCCAAUGAAGGAGGAUCAAAGGAUAGAAAUAACAAUGCAUAUUCAGUUUAAACUGUCAGUUUGUGAUCGAUGUCAGUGGACGUUGCUAUGCCAAUUAACAGAAGAAUCGUCAUAAGCUCAAACUGAAAACUUUUUUCCUACAGCCUGGCCAAGAUGGAUUUUCUUUUCCACAAGAGAUGCGCGAAGGGGUUGUGAACCAGAAUCACCACGGAAGAGGCAUUACUAAUUUCGCUGGCUCCCACUAAAAUCAAGGGAGUUAUUGGCCAGUUUGACGCUGGGAAUUUCUACAAGACCCUUAACAAUAAAAUUUGUUAGAAUGGGACAAGUUACUAUCUGUCAAAACUACAGUAAAAACCCACAUAUAAGAACCUAGAAUUUUUGAGGUCAGGCUGAACAGGUUCUUUAAGUUAGGGUAGUUUUUCACAAUUCAGGCUGAUUAUAGGUUCUUAAUUGGUUCAUAUUUUUCAGAGGUUGUCGUAGUGUAACCAUUGGCAGAAAUAUUGUAUCACUAAUACAUAAUAGUUUAUGGAAAACAUAGUCUAUUUCUCGUGAAAAUCCAAACAAAUGUAAAUCAAAGAAAACAUACAAACGGUUACUUUUUGUCAGAAGUUUCCAACACAAUUAACAUCCGGAAUUUUGACCAUCAAAAUUGGAUUGAUUUGUUUUGGGUAAGAACCUAUUUUUGUUUGCCAAGCUGAACAGUUUCUUAUAUAUUUUUGGGUAUUUAAAUGCCAAAUUUCAGCCUGUAGAUUCUUAAAUCACCAGGUUCUUAUAUGCGGGUUUUUACUGUAUUUGUAAAAGAUAGCGACAUCGAAAGCUCAGACUCGAAAUUGUCUCUGCUGCUACUAUAUAAUCCGGAGAUAAAGGAAUUCCCUUUUUUUUCUGUUCCCUUCAAAAUAAUUCUUAAAAAGGACCUUGUUUGAAAUAAAAACAAAAUGUUGCUACUUCAGUAAAUUUGAUAAUGCUCCAAAGAUUCUUUUUAUUUCACCAGUAUCAUUGGUAUCUGGUAGAUGGAAGGGACUGUCCCGUUUUUAUGAUCGUUUUUUGAGUUUAACCCUUGAACAUUCUCAAAAACAUGAAUUUAUAGAUCUUUUAAAACCGAUCAUACCACCUCUAAUUACUUAGACUUGACAAGAGGAACAGCUGGAAGAAGGGCUUUAGUAGAACUACGCCGAUAAUCAAUAGAAAUAGGUAGAUAGAAUCAAACUAUGAAGCACCACGAAGGAUAAUAGGCAUUGCCUUUUUUGUGGAUCCAAUCUGAUAGAAGACGAACUGUGUUCACUUUCUUUUUCGCAUUCCUACAUACUCUAUGAUUAGGAAUAAUUUUUACAAUAAAAUAAGGACUCUGAUUCCAAAUAUUACCUAGCUACCUGUGAACGCUUUGAUCACUGAGCUGAUGAACUCCUCUCAGUUACUUUAUCAAUAUACAAUUCAUAAAUAUAUUUCAGCUUUCUUUGAUGUUCGUGACAAGUUAUUACCAAAGCAACGUAAUUGCCCUAAAGUAAUUUUGAUUCUUAAAAUAACUUUUGCAAUACUGUAUGUACUCAUAUGAUCAUGCAAAUAUAACUCGUUGUUGUUUUAAAUUUUGUUGUUGUCGUGUUGUCUUCAUCUCUUUCACAUUAUGUCUUACUCCUAAUUGCUUUAUCUCGAUGUAAAUUCCAUAAAAUCGUAUUUUUCAAUGCUUUUUCCAACUUCCAUAAAAAUACCGUUUUGACAGUCCUCCCGAUCCUCACUCACUUAAAAAUCGCAAGGAAUACAGGUGGUGCGGACUUUCUGCAGUUUUAACGCUAAAGCAAGUAUAGUGGCCCUCAUUUUUUAUUUCACGAUUUUGAUAAUAGCAAUUUUUCCUUUCCUAUAUGUUUGGUAUUUUGGCACACUGUUAGGGCACGGGAGGCAUAGCCUCAGACGCAGACGUAGUUCUUAGGGACUCGUCACGCGCGUUCCUGUCCCAUUAGAACGCCUGCGUGGGAGGCUACGGAAGAAAGGGAGACACUUCGAUUUAGAAAGACCAAUUAAAGGGUUUUUGCAGGAGCCCAUAACCUGCAGUGAGUAACUCCCAUACUGGGCCUAUGUCAUGGUGUUUUUAUGGACCAGUUUAUUUUUAGACACAUUUUAGGGCACUUUUACCCACGAAAAUAGAAUCUCCACCAUGUCAUUGAGCGUAUGCGAAGUAUAAGAUAUCAAAAAGGAAACUUAAACUCUAUUAAAAGGCAAAAAAUAUCAUUUUACGUCUGCAGGUUUUGCUGACUAGUUUGUGGAAUUUUAAAGAUAUUCAAAAUUCGCGCCAAAACCGUUCUUAAAAUAUACUGGUCCGUAAAAACGCCGUGACUCGAGCCUAUGGAAGUUGAUCUCUCCGGGUUAUGGGCUCCUGGCCUUUGCAAAGAGUGCGAGUAGGAUGUUGUGUUUUCUUUUUUUUUCGGUCCAAUAUGACACUCAAAAUUCCUUCAAGUCUAAAUAAGUCUCCUCCGGACUCCAAGAUAGUGGGAAAACUGAGCGAGACAUUUUACCUAGUCAAUAGCUUGUGGCCUGAACGACCUGCUUCCGGCGUCCUCACCCAUUUCUUACUCCCUCUUUUAAAACCGACAGUUUUCUCUUUUAUAUGACUAGAGUAGUUUCUUUUCUAAGCAAGUGCACCGAGUCACAUACACAUUCAAAAUCAAGAGAUAAGACCCUGAACUCUUACCAUCCGAACCAAGAGAAAGAAGAGAAACAAGGAGGUGUAAGUGAAUUGCAAACUAAGGCCUCCAUUUAUAUACAGAGGAGAAGAAAAUAACAAUUCAGUCCAAAUUUACCCAUCUGUAUUGUUGUAACUUUAUUUUGAAAUAAAAGUGCAUUAAAUCUAAACCGAGCAAGAAAAAGUACGUACUUUGCGGGGGCUCUCGGCGGAUCUGAAAAUGUCAUUUUCUGCUAACCAGCUGGAAUAAGACAGCUGGAAUAAGAAAGUUUAACUUGGCACUAUAUCGGGAAAUGAUCAGUCUGGGAAUUGCAAUAUUGCUACAAAGUUUGGUGCUUGUAUCAAUAAUCUUAUAAUUCUUUAGCUAACAAGCCGCCAAGAAUAUGGGUUCACUCACAUUCCUCAUGUGCUGAUUUCAUUACUCAGUUGAAAUAAAACUCGUCACUGUUAAAAGUAACAUUUACCAUUUAUCUCAUUCAUAAAUCGGGAGAGUUCACGAACACGCAAUAGGCAUAAAUGUCUAUUUUCCUGACCCUAUUGAGCGCGUUUUACCAGUACUCGAGAAACGCGAAACGAGUACCACACUACGAAAGCUCGCGCGCGAGACACACGCGCCAAUUGAGAGACUGGGUUCUAAAAGAAACCAAUAUGGCGGCGGAUUUGAUCACACAUAACACAUGUAAGGAAAAUUGGAUCUAAAGUAACUUAAUAACACUUCUGGAAAAUGGAUUUGAGCUUCAGCAGUUCUUUUACUUACUCUUCAACACUUGGAGUUAUUUUUGGCCUAAGAAUUCUCGCACGUGGCAUGGCAGAAGUCGUGAGAAAUCUGGCACUGGUCGUGUGAGGUAUGUGAAUUUAAUGGCUUAUCUUAAGCUCAAAUUUAAGGCCGUUAUGCUAGAAGUAAUGGUCUUACGAGCAAGUUAUAUUGAUAAUGGUAAUCAAAGGAUUAAGCUCAUCGCUUAGAUCAUCAAGUAACUACAGGAGAUCUGGUACGGUCAAAUUAAAGUGAAACAUGAAAAUCUUGGCAGGUACAGAACGCACGCCACAGGUCACAGGUCACAAGUGCAGGUCAUUGCUCUGUUGAUAAAUAACUAAGAUAAGCAGUUCCCCUUAAGCUAAAACUCUAUUUCGGAUUUUGAUUCCUCGUGGAGAAAGUUUAUAGUGUCAGUAGUGGAAUGUAUGUAGAAUGUGAAUAAUGUCUGUUAUGGAAUGUUUGGGAUAGAGUUCACCUCACAGGUGGUGGUGUAUUUAUUGCUGCUUCAAGGGGCCUGAUAGGUUGCCGAGAAUUUACUGUAGAAACCGAGUGUGAAAUCCUCUGGGUUUAGAUCAACAUAGUGGGUUGAAGACCUUGUAUGUUUGUGCCUUUUAUAACCGGGAUGAGGGAGACGCCAUAAGCUUAGAAAACUUUGAGAGAUCACUCCAACAGAUUGGUCGCAAUACCUCAUCACAUAAUUAUCUAGAUAGCAGGAGACAUGAACCUCCCUGGAUUUGACUGGAAGCACAUGAUCAUGGCUUAGUCCAACUUAUAACUAAUCCUACACGGGGUAAAAAUGUCUUAGACCUGUUUAUACCUAACAAUGACAGUCUUAUCAUCAAGGCUCAAGUCAUCCCAGGUUUUAGUGAUCAUGAUGCUGUGUUUGUUGAGGGUAAUAUCAAAGUAACAAUCAACACACAAAUUCGUAGGAUCGUUCCCUUAUAUAGAAAAGCAGACUGGGAUGGCCUUAAAGAACACAUGUCUAAAUGUUUAGACUCUAUCGUGCAUUCUUCUGACUGUGAUCUGUCAAUAAAUGAUUUGUGGUCUAGUUUU